CGGUCGAAUUGAUUCUUUCGUCCAGAAGAACAGCAACCUUCCUCCUCCUACAACGGCUCAAUCUCCUCUUGGAGUUUUCUUGGCUCCUCUUGAAGAGCCAUCUCUUUGUGAAGAUUCAUCCGGAAGAGAGCGAACGGUGAAGAAAUUUAAGGGGGAGAGGAGUAGGCGACUCCUCACUGUCACCGAUAUGGGUUGCUUCCUUGUUUGUUUCAAGGGUUCCAAGGAUCGUAAAAGAUGUAGGAGGUCGAAGAAAUCAUUAUCUGUAAAUAAGGAGGAAGAAAACGGCGUUUAUUUCCAUUCGAUCUCUUCUUCUGGCAUUGAAAUCAUUUCAGAAACAACCGCAGCAGCUACUGAUAACCCCUUUCCAAAGCUAAGAGAAAACCAGGAGCAGGGAACAGCUGCCAAUGCCAGGAAGAAAGUGACUUUUGAUCUGCAUGUUACCACUUUUGAGAUUGCUCCAGUUCAGGAAGACCCAAAAGACUUUACGGAAGAUGAUGAGAUUGAGAGAGAAGUGAAGGAAGAGAAGAAGGAUAAGGAGGAGGAAAAAAGCAGUGAUGAACCAAAGUUGGCAUCUUACCCACCAAACCAUAGGUAUCAGAAUUGUGAAAGCAGCGAUGACGACGAGGGCUUGAAUGAAGAUGACGAAGCUUCAGAUGAAGAUGAUGAAAUUGAUUUUGAUGAAGGUAAUGACAUUGGUAUCAAUGGGGAUGAAGAGGAGUCUUAUGAUUCUUACUUUUCUCUUCCUAUGGAAAGUGAGCAGAAACAUAUCCAAGAAAUUAGCAGCCCCAAACCCACUAUUGAAUCUAAUACAGAGAGGGAGCUGGUCAUUUUAGCCAAAGCUCAUGUUCGAGACCGUAGCAGGUAUAUCCACUCUGUUUUGAACCCAGUAGAAAAUAUUUCACAUUGGAAAGAAGUAAAGGUUCGACCUACUUCCUUGAAGAAUCUGAACAAGGAGAAUUUGGAUAUUAAAACCAAACCAUUUAUUAGUCCAGAGCCCACUUUUUCAAAGUCUGAAAAGCCCCAUAAGUCAAGCUCUUCAAACUCAAAUUCUGAUGAUUUUGGCAAGCAAGGGAUCGCCUUGGAUGCAAGCCUUUCAACCUGGUUGGCUUCUCCAAACAAUUCAAGGCUAUCAAAUUCUUCAAUUAGCCAGGAAGAGCGUCCUAUAUUAGGAGCUUUGACCAUGGAGGACAUUAAGCAAUCAUCCAGAACAUCGUCACCGAGGAGAUCCCCAAGUAGGAGUCCUGAAGAAGUUCCUAUAGUAGGAACAGUGGGUGGAUAUUGGAGUUCUAAAUCUAAGGAGGCUUCGGCUUCUUCUUGGAGCUCUAGCUCUGAGAAAAGAGGGAUUCCGAACACAACUAGCAAAUACAGAGAGGAUAAAAUGGUGAAUUUGUGCUACAUUCCAUUUGAAACUCGACUGGAAAGAGCCCUGAACAUGGAGUCCUCUUAAACAUGAAGUAAUGUGAAAUCUACUGAGCUUGCCUGAUUUUAAUCGCAUUGUUUCUCAUCACUCUUAGCACUGAACUUUGCCAGGGAACUAGUGUGGGAUAUUAUAUUAGGAAUUGAUUCUAUAUUCUUUUGUACUAUUCUUUUUUCAACUGAGCUAAAUCUUGUCAAUGCCAAAUCAUUUCAUCUUGUAACAACGGAGUCUAUUUUUCUCUUCAUUCAGUGCUUUCCAUAUCUCAAUAAUAUGUUGUUCAACUGGAAUCA